CCAAUGUCGGCAUCGCGUCGGUCAAAUAUUAUGUUUUAAAAUCUGGUAGCAACUUUGGUGAAUGUGUGAUUACUUUAUUUAUUUAAAAAAAAAACUAUAGAGACCAUAGUUUUGCUUUGAAAAUCUUUUUCUUUAAGUAUUUUGGUUACGAGUACAGCAUAAGUAACCAUGUCAAUAGCUCCAGAAGAAAAAACGAUUCCAUUGGAACAAAUUAGGUAUAGCGAUUCUGAGAUGGGCGCAACCGAACUUAAACAUAGGCAUCCAGACCAAAAUUCGCAACCAGCAGAUCCUGUUGCAAAAUAUGCGUCAAUUUUUAAAAGAAAUAAGAGACCUUACCCAGGCUUCCGCAAGAAUUUUUACAAGUAUUUUGCUGAAUAUUCUAAUAAUACUGGCAUACAUGGUUUCAAAUAUAUGGGAGAUCCAAACAUGACUGUUGCAGAAAGGCUUUGGUGGUUUGCACUUUUCUGUGUAUCCUUAUAUAUUUGUAUUAACUUGAUAAUACAGACUUACAUUAAGUGGGACACUGCACCUGUACUUGUGAGUUUUGCUAGAAGCCCCACGCCUGUCUGGCAGGUACCUUUUCCAGCUAUAACAGUAUGUUCAGAAACAAAGGCUAGACAAAGAGCUUACAAUUUCACCGAAUAUUACCAUCGGAUGCAAAGUGCAGAAAAUAACAUGACUGAAGACGAACUAAAAAAAUUUGCUGAUUUGGCUCUAGUCUGUGAAAGUCAUCUUUUUAAUAAAGGAAAGAAGACUACUAACUAUGAUACUAUUGAAUUUUUAAUGGGUAUUGCUCCACAAUUUGACGAGAUGUUAUGGUCGUGUAAACAUAAUCUUAUAAAUGGAUCGUGUGCAGACUUUUUUACACCUAUACUAACUGAAGAAGGACUUUGCUAUACAUUCAACAUGCUCGAUAGAUCGGAACUAUUAAAAGAAAAUGUAUAUACACACGGCGACUACAUGUCUCAUGAUAAAAAAUCAGAUGGUUGGAAUCUAGAGAACGGAUAUCCUCCCGGGGCUUCUUUGGAAACAUAUCCUAGACGUGCUUUAUCGGCGGGAUUUAAUUCUGGAUUUCUUUUACUUUUACGUGCUUAUGAAACCGAUUUGGAUUUCAUCUGCAGAGGUCCUGUGCAAGGGUUCAAAAUUCUUCUUCAUAAUCCAGCUGAAACACCUCGUGUUAGCUUGCAAUAUUUCCGUGCCCCACUUAAUCAGGAAGUAGUAGUAGCGAUAAAACCAGACAUGAUGACUACAUCCGAAAAUUUAAAAAGCUACGAGCCUCAUAUGAGGCAGUGUUAUUUUCCAACCGAACGAAAUCUUGCGUUCUUCCAAACCUACACUCAGCAAAAUUGCGAGAUUGAAUGCCUGACGAACUACACUUUAAAGAAAUGCGGAUGUGUGUCCUACUACAUGCCACAUGAAAAAGGAACGCCAAUAUGCGGCUCUGGAAAUAUUAUAUGCGCAUUUCAUGCCAACGGUGAAAUUCGUACCGAAGCCAUCAAACUAUCAGAUCAAGAAAAAAAAGACUCGAGUCCUGACUGUGAUUGCCUCCCUAGCUGUACAUCAUUGGUAUACAACGCAGAGACGUCCCAGGCAGAUUUUAUGUGGCAAAAGUGGUUUCAAGCACUUAAAAGAAACGUGACGGAACCUGACCUGAUGAUAUCUAAAGUGUCUAUUUUUUUUAAAGAACAACAAUUCAUCACAUCAGAAAGAAACGAGCUGUAUGGUAGAGUCGAUUUUCUGGCCAACUGUGGCGGCAUUCUCGGCCUUUUCCUUGGGUUUUCAUUUUUGUCGAUAGUGGAAGUUCUUUACUUUUUGAGCCUUAAACUUAUAUGUAACGUAAAAAAAUAUGGACCUCACUAUUGGUCUGGAUCUCCAGACCUUCUAAAUGAUGAUUCCUAUAUCCAUAAACAUGAUAACAAAAAUGGAAACCAAAACACCUAAGCAGGUUUUGUUAAAAAGAUUAAUAGAGAAAUAAAUCACCCAACUUAUAGUUUUUAUAACUAAACGCUUUUUACUUAUAGCAUACUAUCUCAUAUUAUAAAAUUGAAUUUAAGUUUGGUGGGGAUAGUGGGAAGCAUAUAGUCAACUUCCUGAUAGGUUCGUUAUGUUACCCCCACUGAGGGUUACCAAAGACGUCAAUAAUUUUGGAAAAGCUACUCUGGUCUGAGCUAUUUAAGUGUAAGUAAUGUUAGUAAAGCAGUGUAAGUAAUGCCUAGAUAUUUGAAUCUAGCGUAAUUACUGGCCACUCCCCAACAACAUAAUUAGCAGUUUCUUUUUUCUAUCAACCCCAAAGGCACUCCGGACUAUCCGAAAUACCUGGGUGUGGUGAUUGCCUUUCAAGUGCUAGGAUGUAUUUAAACGAGAUUUUUGAUCGACUUAAAAGAGAUAAUUGACUGGUGAGACUAACAGAGUAGGAGGCUUAUACCGGAAGCCGCAUAUCUUCGGAGUUUAUUGUUUUUAAUUGACAAGAUAGCUAUACACAUUGGGCUAUACCGAUUAUAUGUUCAGGGCAGUUACCGGCAGUUUUGAAAAUCCGGUUCUAGCAAGUCUAUCUCUUUAUUACCAGCAUUACCUGAUGGCCAGGAACUCUUAACCCCACGUCACUAAUUCGUGUGGAACCUUUAAAUAUUCCAGAACAAACUUGGAUCUAGUCUUUUUUGCUGUAAUAGAAUUAAAGACGACUGUGUUGCGGUAUCCACAGUUUAAAAUUUCCUGUCCGCAUUUAAAUAUACUGAAUACUUCAACUUAAAAAACUAUCACAGCCAGUAGUUUUAGCAAACAGAAGCAUUCACCAGCUAUGUAGUUCAUUCUGAAAUCGUUUAUGUAUAACAUGGUCUCCUAUUUACUAAUGUAGGCCUACUAGAGCUCUGCUAAUCCUCUCUGCAUGCCUUAAUCGUUACAAAUUCUCAGACAAUCACACGUUCCAUAUAUCGUCACCCCCCAUCACAACGAGAGUAAUUCCUGCGACCAGAUCUUAGCAUAGCGAGUGUCUGUAGUUCAUAAUCUCGAUUAGUAUUCCACAGGUUCAAGGUCGGAAGGUUCAAUAUAGUUUUACGGGCUCUGGUUAAUACCGCUUACACAGCUCCUGUGAUGCUUAGGCAUCCGAGGCAUUGGACUCCACUUUUUGCUUUCUCUGUUCAGGGGUAGCAAUGAUUUUGGAACAGCCCGUAAGCUUGUAGGUGUCCUUCAUACUGAUAUCUGCGUGAUUGUACCAGGUUUACUUGGAAUCCAGUGUGAUAUAAUCAUAAUAUUUAAUUCUAAGCUCAGAAAGUAAAAAGGAUUAAAAAAUUAGCCAUAAUUUGAUAAAAUUAAUAAUAAUUUAAGAAGAUUACCAAAUUCAUGUACAAUAUGGCUGUUUUCUUUCCAAUUCGGGCAAUGUUCAAUGUUGGAUAUACAUUGCAGUCGGAUUUCUACUCUCUUUGUAUUUUAUUGUAUUUCUUUAAUUAGUGCCAUAAAUAUAGUUUUAGCUCUUUUAACUAAACAUAUACUAUUGAUUUGGGGUUCAUAAACAACUUCAAGUCGCGAGCGUUGCAAUGCAUUUUCUACAGUCAAAUUCAAUGUGUAAGUAAAACAACUUAAGUGCCUGUUCAUGCCAAAAAAAUUUCCAAUUGCGUUCAACAUUUUGGCAUCAUUGUCAGUGACUAUAGCUGUGAUCGAGUCAUUUUUUAUAUUCCAGUCUUGUAAAACCUUAUUUAAUAUGUCACUAAUAUAAUCAGCGGUAUGGGAUUCCGAUAGCUCGAUGACAUCCAAUGAACUAGACGUCAUAUUUAUGCCUUCCAAAAAAUGAACAGUUAUGCCCAGAAAACUUUUCAUCUGCAUCGUCUUGGUCCAAAUAUUUGUAGUUAAAACUAAAUUAUCAAUUUUCGCCAACUUUUCCUUAUAAACAGUAGAAAUUGCCUCAUACUUUUUGAUUAUCCUUGAUUUUAUCGUAUUUCUGCAAGGCGGCAUUAGUAUGCUAAUGGUUAAGUUUUUCAAUGAUAUAUCGAUACAUCGUCGACUCUAAAUAUCGAUGCAAACAUGGGAUGGAUAUAUGAUGUGGAUAAUAGAUCACCAUCCUUGUUUAAACAUAUUUGGUUCACUGUUUCUCAAAACCGAAUUAUUGUAAAUUGUCUGUCUGUGUUUAUGAUGAGAGUAAUAUAAAGAGUUGUAUAUUUUUACUAUAUAAACCCUUGCUAAUUACAAACCCUCAUAAAAUCAUCUAUAUUUUAAUUUCUACGGAUGGUUGUACCUAUUAAUGUGGAAACACUGUAAAUAGGAAAGUAAAAGUCGUAAUAGUAAAAAUUAAAAGAAACGAAAGUAAAGAAAGUAAAUACAAGCAAAAAUUUUAAUGAAGAUCAUCAUUUUCAUGGUAUUAGGAUUUAUAAGAUUCAAGAUUAUCAGAAUAAUUAAACAAAUAUUUUAAAGUCCAUGCAUCUAUCUUAAGUUAAUUGAAACUUUAUCUCAUUUUAGGUGAGGAUUACUUCCUUAAAUAAAUAUUAACGAAAUUGUUAUAGAAAUACAAGAAAAAUCACAGAUCUAAGGCAAUUCUCUUAAAUUCUUAACUAAAUGUUAGAGAUGUUGAAAAAGUAACUAUUCGUUACAGGAGUACUCGUUACACAUUGAUACCCGAAGUAACGAAUACCGAAUUCAAAAACAUAUGAUUACUUUGAUUACUACCUAAUACCUAUACUCUAUACUAUUUAUACAGCAUCAAGCGCAGACCACCGUACGUAUGUAUGCACGUUUUAAAGUUUUUUUAUCAGAACAUAAUUUCAAUUUGGCCAAAGAACACUUUGAAACAGAAGUAGCUCGGUUGAUAGGUGCAGAACGCCGGGAUUUACCACGUGAAACUGAGCAUCUACUAGAAGAAGCAGAUUCCGAAACGGAACGACAGAAAAAUUUGAUUUGGGUAGAUUUGGAUAAAAUUGCAACUGCGCGAAAAGAAAUUGAUGCAAAAAUAGCAGCUAUUUUAGAAUGUCGCUCUUAUAUAGCUGAGGAUCUUUUGAACAGAAAAGAUAAUCCAUUAGACUGCUGGAAAGCUAGAACGGCAAUAUAUCCUCAUCUUUGUAAAUUAGCAAAAAAAUACUUAUGCAUAGUAGCAACAUCAGUCCCAUCUGAAAGGACAUUUUCCACCGCAGGACAGAUAUUGUCAGAAAGGAGAAACAGCCUAAAAGGUAAAAACGUGGAAAUGAUCAUUUUUUUACAUAAUAACCAACAUUUAUAAGUUUUAUUUUUCUAAACGUCACAUUUUGUUGUUUUUUUUUAUAAUAAUAAAUUUUUUUUAAAACAAUACAUUUUAAUUAAUAGGUAAAUACCAAAUCAGCAUUUUUAUUUUUAAUUAAAUGUUAAUUUUUUUUAAUAUUUAUUAUUAAUUUUUGUGCAUGAUUAUUGUCAAUCGAUACCGAUAUUUUACUUGCAAAUACCAAUAAAAGUAACACAAUCAGUACAGUAAUCAUAGUAAUCAAAGUAACGAAUAGUUUAAAUGAUUACUUAAUAGUCGAGUAACGAUUAGUAACGAGUAAUCAAAAGUAACGAAAAUCAACAUCUCUACUAAAUGUAACUUUCUAAUUUGUAUUUGUAAACAUAACCUCUCAAAAACUUUAGUUGUUUUGUUCCCCUACAAUUGGCACAACUGAAAUUUGUCAGAGUGACCAACAUCGAAAGGACACAAUCACGCAAAAUGGCGGCCACUUAGUAGUGGUCAUUUACUUUUCAUUGAAUUGGCAGUCCAGGUAUAUUUAUUAAGUUCGUGGACUAGUCCUAACAAAUAUUGGAUAUAUUUAUUAGUAAGAGGUAGGCAGAUAUUAUAACCUUCUAAUUUUAAGUGAAUUAUAUUUGUACUAGCACUAGAUUAAGUAGGAAAUAGUUUAGAAAAAAUUGUAGUGUUAAUUCCAUUAUAACCUGUGACAUGACACAAGUGAUGGACCUUAAUAAAGGAAAAUACUUAGCCAGUUUUAAA